CCACCUACCACACUAUAUUGAUCGACCCCAUUUUGUUCAUCAGCAACACAAUGUACAACCACCAGUCGGUGUACUCGAGGUUGGCAUGACCUUCGAUGACAAAUCACAAUGUAUUCGAGCAAUCAAAGAAUACAACAUCAGAAAUCAUUUUGAUUGCAGAACAAUUUACUCUGACCAAAGAAGGCUACACUUCGUCUGCAAGUUACAUGAAAAUGGUUGUACAUGGAGCUUGGGCGCAUGCAAUUCAAAGAGGCAUAACAAAUGGAUUAUCAAGAGUAUCAGAGGUCAUCACACUUGUCUCGUGCCGAUGCUUAGACAAGAUCAUCGCCAACUCGACAAACACGUCAUAGCACAGAUCAUCCAACCAAUUGUCAAAACAAACCCAACUGUCUCCAUCAAGACAUUGAUUGCAGAGAUCAAAACGUUCAUGAAUUAUACCCCAUCCUACAAGAAGACAUGGUUAGCAAAGCAAAAAGCAUUGGAGAUGAUUCAUGGAAACUGGGAAGAAUCAUAUGCCAAACUGCCAAAACUUUUCGGAGCUUUGCAAUCUUGUGUUCCCGGGACUGUGGUCGCUGCUCAAACAGAAUCCUUGUAUGAGGGGGGAGAAAUAGUACCGGGCAAAAGAUUGUUUAAACGUGUCUUUUGGUCAUUUGGUCCAUGCAUUAAUGGUUUUGCAUAUUGCAAACCCAUUGUACAAGUAGAUGGUACAUGGCUUUACGGAAAGUAUACUGGCACACUGUUGAUAGCUACCGCACAAGAUGGAGCUAACCAUAUCUUCCCGAUUGCCUAUGCCAUUGUAGAAGGGGAGACAACUUCAGCUUGGGGGUUUUUUCUAAAGAAUUUGAGAAGACAUGUUACUCCGCAAAUUAACAUUUCUCUUAUUUCAGACCGACACCCCUCAAUUAUAAGUGCCUACAACAACCCAAGUAACUUAUGGGUCCAGGACACAUCCCAUUUCUUUUGCCUGCGCCACAUUGCACAAAACUUUCUUCGUGGUAACUCAAACUGCAAACAUUUAAAGAAACCACUUAUGUUGGCUGGGUACGCAUACACGGAGAAGAUGCACUGGCAACAUCUUGGGGAUAUCGUGCGAAUAAGCCAAGUGCAGCUGAAUGGCUUGAUCAAUUACCCAAACAAAAAUGGGUACAAUGCUUUGAUGAGGGGAAACGUUGGGGACAUAUGACUACCAAUUUGUCGGAGUCUGUUAAUUUCAUGUUCAAAAACACAAGACAUUUGCCGGUGUCAUCAUUGGUUGAGGAGACCUAUUUCAAGACCGCACAACUCUUUGCUAAUAGAGGUCGACAAACUCAGGCAAUGAUCAACUCCGGCUCACAGUAUUCUGAAGUCGUCUUCGAUGCAAUCAAUAGUGGUCAACAAGAAUCUAAUACACACAUUGUAAAUGAAUUCGACAGACACAAUCACACUUUUAUUAUAACCGAGACUCAAUCCCCACUUGAAACACCCAAAC